AUGAGCGUUGCAGAUCAGAAGAAGGAGGAGGAGGAGGAGGCGGCGGCGGCAGUGGCGAUGGCUACAGAAGGAGGGAAAACCUCUGAGCCAGAGAAUAACAAUAAAAAACCCAAAACCUCAGGCUCCCAGGACUCUCAGCCCUCUCCUCUGGCUUUACUGGCAGCUACUUGCAGCAAAAUAGGGACUCCUGGUGAAAAUCAAGCAACUGGACAACAACAAAUUAUUAUAGAUCCAAGCCAAGGACUGGUGCAGCUGCAAAAUCAACCACAGCAGUUAGAACUGGUAACAACACAACUUGCUGGGAACGCUUGGCAACUUGUUGCCUCCACUCCCUCUGCUUCAAAAGAAAAUAACGUUCCUCAACCAGCCUCUAGUUCAUCUAGCUCUUCCAGCAGUAAUAACGGGAGUGCAUCUCCUACAAAAACGAAAUCAGGUAACUCUUCUACUCCUGCUCAGUUUCAAGUCAUACAAGUACAAAAUCCAAGUGGUAACGUACAAUACCAAGUGAUUCCACAGCUUCAGACCGUGGAAGGCCAGCAAAUCCAAAUCAAUCCUACUAGUAGUAGUUCAUCUCUGCAGGAGUUGCAGGGUCAAAUUCAGCUCAUUUCUGCAGGUAAUAAUCAAGCUAUACUCACGGCUGCUAACAGGACAGCUUCUGGGAAUAUUCUUGCUCAAAACUUGGCAAAUCAGACAGUUCCAGUCCAAAUUAGACCUGGUGUUUCAAUACCACUGCAAUUACAAACCCUCCCUGGUACUCAGGCUCAAGUUGUAACAACUCUACCAAUUAACAUUGGAGGAGUGACUUUAGCUUUGCCAGUGAUAAACAAUGUGACUGCUGGAGGAGGGACUGGACAGGUGGGCCAGACUGCUACUACUACUGACAGUGGGACUGCCAAUGGGACUCAAUUAGUCUCCACGCCCACUACCACCACUGCUUCUACCAGUACUAUGCCGGAAUCUCCCUCCUCUUCUACUACCUGCACAACCACUGCUUCAACAUCUUUGACAAGUAGUGAUACAUUAGUGAGCUCGGCUGAUACGGGCCAGUAUGCAAGCACAUCAGCCAGUAGUUCUGAACGCACCAUCGAAGAGUCUCAAACACCUGCUGCCACUGAAUCUGAAGCCCAGAGCUCUAGUCAGCUUCAGCCGAAUGGACUGCAGACUACCCAGGAUCAAUCAAACUCUCUUCAGCAGGUGCAAAUUGUAGGGCAGCCUAUUUUACAGCAGAUCCAGAUCCAACAGCCUCAACAACAGAUCAUUCAGGCCAUUCCACCACAGUCAUUUCAACUCCAGUCAGGGCAGACAAUUCAGACCAUCCAGCAGCAGCCUUUACAGAAUGUUCAACUUCAAGCAGUAAACCCGACUCAGGUGCUUAUCAGGGCUCCAACUUUAACACCUUCAGGGCAAAUCAGUUGGCAAACUGUGCAAGUCCAGAAUAUUCAGAGUCUUUCAAAUUUGCAAGUUCAGAAUGCUGGGAUAUCCCAACAAUUAACCAUCACCCCAGUGUCUUCAAGUGGUGGCACAACUCUCGCGCAGAUUGCUCCUGUGGCUGUUGCUGGUGCCCCAAUAACUCUAAAUACUGCCCAGCUUGCAUCAGUGCCUAACCUUCAGACAGUGAGUGUUGCCAACCUGGGUGCUGCAGGGGUUCAAGUACAGGGAGUUCCAGUUACAAUCACUAGCGUUGCAGUUUUCUGGUAA